GCCUCCCCAGGAGUGGGGCGGAACCUGGAGGAACCUCAAGUGCCGGGUAAACCCCGCAGGGUCGGCUGUCCAGGCCACACUGAUGAUGGCUGUGAGGGAGGACGAUGGCACCGAGGAAGCCUGGCUACAGCUACGGCCAGUGGAGCCCCUGCCCUCCCAGUGCUGUGGCGGCGGCUGCUCACCCUGCGUGUUCGACCUCUAUCACCGAGACCUGGCAAGGUGGGAGGCAGCCCGAGCCAGCAAGGACAGGAGCCUGCUGAGUGGGCAGGAGUCACAGAGCUGCACCUCCAAGCUGAGCCCAGAGACCUUCCUGGCCUUCCGCAUCAGUGCCAUGGACAGACUCACUAAGGACACCUAUCGUGUUCAGUUUGCACUACCUGGGAACAGCCAGCUCGGCCUGCAUCCCGGCCAACACCUCAUCCUACGAGGAAUAGUAGAUAACUUAGAAAUUCAGAGAGCCUACACGCCCAUCAGCCCAGCCAACGCAGAAGGAUACUUUGAAGUUUUAAUUAAGUGCUACCAGGCUGGGCUGAUGUCCCGGUAUGUCGAGUCCUGGAGAGCAGGAGACACAGCUUUCUGGCGAGGCCCUUUUGGAAAUUUCUUCUAUAAACCAAACCAGUAUGGUGAGCUCCUCAUGCUGGCUGCAGGCACGGGCUUGGCCCCCAUGGUGCCCAUCCUCCAGAGCAUCACAGACAAUGAAGAUGACGAGACUUUUGUCACUCUAGUUGGCUGUUUCAAGACCUUUGAAGGCAUCUACCUGAAAACCUUCCUCCAGGAACAGGCCCGUUUCUGGAAUGUCCGUAUUUUCUUUGUACUCAGCCAGGAGAGCUCCUCCGAGCAGCUUCCCUGGAGUUACCGGGAGAAGACCCGCUUUGGCCGUCUGGGCCUAGGCCUGGUUGAAGAGCUGGUCAGCAGUUGUCGGAGAAAACCUUUUGCACUGGUCUGUGGCUCAGCUGAGUUUACCCAGGACGUAGCCAGGUGCUUGCAGUGUGCAGGCCUCACCGGGGACUCCUACUUCCUCUUCUAGUCUGGGCCACCCUUCCAAAGCCCGGGCCGGGCCUGCAGCUUGAAACCAGAAGACAUGGAAUCCAGCCUGGCCCCACUGCUAACUUGCCAGUGACCUCAGGCAAGGGUCUCAAAACCUCCAUUUCUCAUUGGUCCUGUGAGGUUAAUUGUUGCCUUCUGACACAAUAGUGUUGGGGGGAGCACAGGAGACUACAGGGGCCUCGAGGGGGACCCCUAUCUGGGAGGCAGACAAGACUCCUCAGAGGAAGCCAAGUCCAGGCUGAGCCUCAGAACAAAUAGGAGUUGGGCCGGGGAAGGGGCCAGAGGAACUUCCCUGGUCCCUCUGAUCAGAGGGCCUAUGGAGGGGCUCUGACCAUGGCCUCAGCACCAGCUCAAACUAGGACUCCCUCGGUGUGUAGGCAGAGGCUGAGAGCCUUAUAUAUUUCCAGUACCUGAGCCUGACAUGCCAAAGUGCUUGGGUUCUAUGACUUGACCAUGUUCUGAGAGCAGAGGUGGACCCUAGAUUGCCUUUGUACUGACUCAAGCCUUAGUUCCCAUCUCCUGGUUCAAGAGCCUGGUCCAGAGUCCUUUCCCUAGCAAAAGCAGAGGCAGGAGGCAAACACAUGCCCUCCUUCCCCCUGUAGGCAGCCGCUCAGCCUGUGCCUUCAGCUCCGGUGCCCUGGCGACGGUUGCUAUGGGGAUCUAAAGAUAGAGCAGGUGUCAGGAGACCUGGGUCCCUCUCCCAGCUCUGCCCACUGAGCGGCUGCUGAUUCCGAUACACUUCCUUUUCCCUCACCACCCCAGGAACCUGGUGCCCCUGGGCAGUGCACUGCCAUUAAUGAAUUUGGCUGAGGCUCACCAUGGAUAGUCCCAGCAUUGGGACACUAAGCCAUGGAAUAUUACAUGUAGACUUUUAUAGUUAUAAGACUGCAGUUUUCAUCAUAUCCACAGUGUUCAUCAUAUCCAAGCCGAAAGUUCAGGCCUCCAAGGUAACAGAUUUCAUGUAUUAGUGGAGAAACUAAGGCCCAUUGAGGCUAAAAUGGCUUGCUCAGGGUAAAACAGUUCAUGUCAGGGCCAUCACUAAAAGUCUCCUACUUUCAACCUUGUGCACAGAGUUCUGCACCAGUGGUUUUCAAACGGCUCCACGGGGUGCUAGGCUUCCUUGCAGUAGCAGUGAACAGACAGCCCAACGGAUCCCCAGGUUUCUUUUCUUUUCUUUCUUUCUUUUUUUUUUUUUUUUUGAGACAGUCUCACUAUGUUGCCCUGGGUAGAGUGCCAUGGGAUCACAGCUCACAGAAACCUCAAACUCCUGGGCUUAAGCGAUUCUCUUGCCUCAGCCUCCCAAGUAGCUGGGACUACAGGCACCGCCACAACGCCCGGCUAUUUUUGUUGCAGUUGUCAUCGUUCCUGUGGCCCAGUCUGGGUUCAAACCCGCCACUCUCGGUGUGUGUGACUGGUGCCAUAACCACUGUGCUACAGGCACCAAGCCCCCAAGUUUCCCUUCAACCAGAACGCUUCGAUUUUUAUCCCCUUGGGGCUUGGAGUAAUUUUUAUUUUUUUAAAGUGGAAUUUCCUGUCCCACCCCCAAAAUUACAACAAAUCUCUGUUCUAUGCCAUGUUUAAUACACAGUCGUGAUGAGUAACUGGGCUACUGGGCUGGAGGUUUCAGACUUUUGCCACAGGGUUCCAGGGCUGGGUAGGUAUGGGCGACUGUGCCUCCAAGAAUCAUAGGGGCAUAGUAAAGGCUCUGGAAAGCCCAGCAAUAAGGGAACUUCAUUUUGUUUAACCCAGAAUUUCUCAAACUUAUUUCACUAUGGAAGCCUUUUCUAUGGGUUUCAAAACCUCUUUCUAGCACAGUGUAAUGAGAGUCAGAGGUCCCAAGCAGAAACUGUGAUCUCUUCCCGCCUAGCCUGUGACUCAGGCAAGACACCUUUCCUCUCAGGAGCUAUGAAACCAGAGGCUCCUCCUCCACUCUUACCCGGCUGACUACUCACAGUUACUAGAGGGCCUGUGAUGAGCCCAGUGCUGUUCUAGGAAACAUCAGCAAACCAGGCAGAGGCAGCUGUUCCCACUGGGGAGUUUCCAGCCCAGCAAGGAAGGCAGAAAUUAAACUGGUAGUUUUAAAAGGGCCAAGAGCACUGGGACUAUGGGUGACAAGGUCUUUGGCCUAGCCUAGGGGAGGGCCAGGGACACACCACUGCCACUGAGAUAGAAUACUCAUAAUUGAGGGUGCUGAAGGGGUCCCCACCUAAAGGAUAGUGUCUGGGGGGUUCUAUGUCCUUGUCUCGGUUCAGGCCCUGGAUGUGUAGCCAUUAGAGAAGGCUGCCCUGUAGUAACUGACAGUGUUCUUGUCCUAGAAUGUGUUGUCCCCUCACUCCAGGCAGGGUUGGCGCAGUCUGCUGCUGCUGGGAUCUCUGAUCGUGGGACGUUGGUGAGGACCCAGCUGUGCCCUUGGUACAGGAUGCCAAAAGGGGCUCCUGUCACCCAGAAACUUGAGAGCUCAUGGCUGGGUGCUAAGCAAGCCCAGGAAGAAGAUUGGCUGUGAUGUGUGAGUUCAGGCCUCUUGGAAUUGGGGUGAGGGUCCCAUCAGCUGGCCCUUUCUGCCAUGUCUUCUGAUGCGCCUGCAGCACAGUGUGACACGAGAAGUGUGCUGCCGGGGCAAUGGCCACUGUGUGUGUGGCAGUGGGGCAUGGCACAGGAGGUCAAUAUAGUGUCCCCCAUUCUGUGAGGCAGACAGAUGGGUCUUUGGCGGAGUCCCGAGCUUCAGACAGCAGAGCGGCCAAAGGGGCUACAGCAUGUUCUCUUGGGUCCCCUGCACCAUGUUUUGCCUGUACCACUCCCACGUUCCCCUCAGGGGCCUCCCAGCCCCAGUCUCUGCCCUCCACGCCUCCCUCCACACUGAGACUACACUGAUUGUCUAGCACACAAAUCUGAGCCUGUCACUCCCCUUCUUGAAAUCCCUCCAUGGCGCCUGGUAGCCCUCAGGAUUCAGCGUCACAGCUCUGCUUACUUCUCCAGACUGAUUUUCUGCUCUGCCCCUUAUAUCCACCUUCCAGGCUCCAGACUCAUUUUGUAUUGGCCAGACCCUCCUUCCUCUCUGCCACUCAUAUUUUUUGCCUGUCACACUCCAGCUAGACUAGUGCAUAGAGUCUGGUGCUUCUCCAUCUCUGCACCCAUCAGACUGUCAUUUGCAUGUGAGCUCAACAAGGGCCUGUCCCCAAUGUGGGAGGGUGCUCAGUACAUCCUGAAUGUUGACUACCUGAGCAACGAACAGUUAAUAUUCAUAGACUCCUUUACAAGUGGCAGAAGGCUUGAAGCAUGGAGUCUUCACCAGCAUUGGUGCUUUUUUUAUUGCCCCAAUUACUGAUGAGGAAACUAAGCUGAGACAUUAAGCAUUUCUCCAAGGUCAUGUAGGGGUAGACAGAUUCCAACCUGUUGUAAUUAUUAUAAAGGUCGUAUGUGACACCUGAGUGCACCCAGAGAUGUGUAUAAAGAUUUUUAUUGCUGCACUAUUUGAAAUAGCAAAGAAUUAAAAACUGCUUAUACGUCCAUCAGAAAGAGAAUGGCGAAACACAUGGUUCUGUGUUCCCACAGGGAGAACCCACAGCAGUGAAAAUGAAUGAACUGGAUCUACACAUACCAACAUAGAUUAAAUCCAGCCCUAAAACCAGAAUAAUUGAGUGAAAUGUACAUUGUACAGGAUAGGUGUGGUGAGAUCCCGGUAGUUAGAGAUUAUAACAACCCAAAACUAUGCCUAGUGCUCAGGAGACGAUCCACCAACUUUAAGGGGAGUGGUGACCUAUGGUGACAGAUGGAAGGGCAUGGGAUGGGGCAGAGGGGCUUUUACCCACGUCUAUCAUGGUAUUUUAUUACAAAAAUGUUUGAAAUUAACACGGCAAAAUAUGAAUAUCUGGUAAAUCUGAUUUAUGGGUUCCCUGAUGUCUGCUAUAUUAUUUUUCCUUUUGUGUGUUUGAAAUAGAUCAUAAUUAAAGAUUUUAAAAAAUAUAAGGGUGGCCAUAAACUUUGUGUGCAAUUUAAAAUGGGGUGCAACUGCACAC